AUGUCAUUAGUGCAACUGGAGGAAAUGGAGUUUCAACCAGUUCGAGGGCCUCUGAAGAAGUGUCUGGAAGAAAUUAACAGAAAAACAAGAAACAGGCAAACGGAGAAGAAGAAGAAAGAAAAAGAGAUGGAAGCACCUGCAGCCGAAGACGUAGAAGAAGAAAUAGAGGAAGAUGAUGAUGAUGGCAAUGAUGGGGACAAUGAAAAGGAUGAAGAUUUUGUGGCAGAUGAGGAAGAUGAAGAAGACGAUGAAGAAGAAGGUGAAGAAGAGUCAGUGGGAGGGGGGAGUGUGGUGAAUGACAAUGCCAGUGUGUCGGGUAGUGUUACAGGUAGUGUAACGGGAAGUGUGGUGGAGAUUUCAGAUGAUGAUGGCUGACAGGGAAAGGGGGGAUGAGGGGUGGUCAAUGACAUUGCUAUAGUGGCAGAUAGUGAAAUGGAAAAUGUGUUGGAUAUUUCAGAUUAUGAGAACUGACCAGGAAUCUGUGUUUUGUAUUAUUAGUAUUGAAUAUAUAU